UAGAGGCUUUUGAAAGAUCGAAAUUUGCUCAGUCAUCCGUGUCGGACAGAACCAACUAUUUUGGCCUCCGACUGAAACCUGACUCAGACUUAAAGAACAUACACUGUGAAUGCAACGAGUGCUGUGUAGGUGCCAGACAGACAUGAACUCAAUAAUACAGAGUUUAUUUCGUCCUGAGGUGUGUUGAACUGUACUUGUAUCAAAGUUAAUUCGUCCUCCCGGGCCCCUGGCACGCCAAGGAAACGUUGAUGACGUCAUAAGUCAGUGGUGCUGUAAGGCCGCCAUCAGUUACCUGCUGUAGAUGACGUCAUCGGGAUGACCAUGAUGACGAGAAAGUAUGCUAUGUGCGGUCUUCUCUGCCUCCUGUCAUGUGACUUCCUCAGCUUCGUCCAUUCGGCACUGUCGAUACCGGAGGUUGUGCUGACUGUGAAAGAGAGAGAGAGUCGCCAGCUGGAGCUCAACACCCUCCCCAUCACCUGCACCGACACUGACAAUGACACUGUGCGCGUGUAUCGUCAGUCCAUCUAUCCCACCAACCCCUGCGGCAACUGUUUUCCCAUUUGGCCUUGUUCAUCCGGAACAGGGUACUGUGUGAUGUACACGCCCAGCGUGGGUACCCUCAACUACCAGGUGGCCACCCAGUACACGCUGGUGGUGGUCUGCACUGACGACAAAGGGGAGGAUUUUCCCGGGACCGUUGAUGUCCGUCUGGAGCCCAACAGCCCGCCUGCUUUCAUCAAUCCCUCCUCUAGUUUCACCUCGUAUUCGUUCGGGUCGACAAAAACUAAAAUAAUCGGCGAAGUCAUCUACGACGUGAACGCUAACGAUACAGAUGGCGACGGGAUCUUCUACACGAUGACGUCAUCGCCUGCAUCUAACAGAUUUGAAAUUGGAUACGGUAGCGGGAUCAUCAGAGCAGCAGCUGACCUGCGUUUUCAGUGUGACCCGUCCGUCACCUUCUCUGUCUACGCCUCUGACCACUAUAACCCUUCGGUGGGCCCUAGUGUAAUAACAACUACGUUCAGCGGUAUUAACCUGCGGCCAGUGGUUACAAACCUGAACACGACAGUAAAGGUUGCUGAAGGCUCAACGGUGAGCUACUCAGUUGCUGUGACCGAUGCCGACAAGUACAACGCCAUACUGUACACGGUGAGAGCCUCACCCGAGGAGGGCUUGGAUUACUACUCCGUGGAUAACAAUGGCAAAGUAACAACGAGAAAAGCCCUGGACUACGAGUACACUCCCCUAAGGACUGUCACCUUGUAUUUCGACAUCAGUGACGGCUUUUGCAAGGCGCCGACAUCAUGGCUGACAAUACAGAUAACUGAUGUCAACGAAAGGCCAAAAAUCAUUCCCAACGACAUAGAGAUUACAGUCUAUGAGGGAUUUAUCAACAUCGACCAGUUCUGGAAGGUCGUGGACCCGGAUGAAAACGAGUACCAUACGUGGUCACGUACCAGCACCAGCAGCGACCUCGACGUGGAUGACGACACGGGCAGCAUCUUCUCCAAAGAAGAAAUCGACAUCGAUCCCAAUGUAAAGAGUAAACUUUAUAAUCUGAAGGUCAGGGUCACUGACAAAGGGGGCUUGACCGCGGAUGCAAUAGCCAGGAUUACUGUUCUUGACAAGAACGACAAUGAGCCGAUUUUUGACAAGGCCGUUUUUGACGUGUCCGCCAACGAGUGCACGAAACCUGGCACCAUCCUGAGCAAGGUCACCGCCACGGACCGUGACAGCUCUUUCCAGGGUAACGACCGGUUGUUCUACAGCGGCACCGGGAGGUACAUCAGCGUCAUGUCCGACGGCAGCGUCGUUCUGACGUCACAAUGCACGGCUGGCAUCAAUGACGACACUCUGGCUCACGUGACCGACCAGGGCCAGUACCCGGGCCCGCUGACCGGCGUCCCUGCUACCGUUACUUUCUCCUGUUCUCCAUGUCCUACACCACCCGAACCGAUUACCACGACGACUACUGCAGCAACAUCGACAACUUACACCACGUCUAUCUAUACAUCUAACACCAAGAAUGGGUUCCUGGACAAUCUGGCGUGGCUUGUACCCGCCAUUCUGCUGGGCAUCGUCUUACUUUCCACACUUCUCUACCUCCUGUGGCGGUACUGCUCAGCUGCAUGCACCAGAUGUUGCUUACGUCGCGAGCUGCUGAAGACGUCACCCAAAGUUCAAAAUGUGAACGUGAAACCUAAUGAGGAACCCAAUGUGAAACCCAAAACGUCUGUGGAGAAAAAAGAAGAACUCCCACCACCACCGCCAGAACCACCGCAACUUCCAGAAGAGCCUUUCCUAUUUGGUUUCUGGAAAGAGACCUACACGGACAGAAAUCAAAUAAACCCUCCAUCACACACCGCGCUGCCGGCGUCGGUUGCCAAGGACGACGAGGUGGCCGCCAUUGUGCUCAAAGAGGAGAUGGCGGAGAAAGAAGCCAUAGCCAGGGAGCGGCAAGAAAAGAUUGCCAAAUACGAGAAAGAGGUCAACGAGUACAACGAAAAGAUCAUUGGAGUGGGGACCCAGCCUUCACCGAAACCACCGAAGCGCAAAGUCUGCAAUAUUCUCUGAAAACAUUUCCAGACGAUGAUUCCUCUAUUUUGUCCACCUUUCGCUACUGGCUAAAGAACAGACAAGCUUAUCUGUCCCCACUGUGAAAUAUUCAGUGAUUGGAUUAGCAUGUAGGUGAUUUGUUACCUUUGUUCUUCGUUUGUUUACUGCUGUCAUCCUGUUCUCUCUUAUCUUCAACAACAUACCUUAGCUUCGUCGGGGUCGUGGUGAUGACCUGCCCGCCAUAACGUAUUUAAUCAGUCUCUCGAUCGUGUCAUUCAGUUCAUAUCCAUCAGGGUAGUCAGUACUCAUUCUCAGUAUUCUUGUUGCUGUUCUUCCAUUUCUACUUCCCUCUCUCUUGUCUCCCUCAACCCUGACACUCCCCCCAACCCUGCAGAGGCCCUUGUGGAGUUCCUGUAGGAGCACCAGGCUCAACUAUUAACAGGAAGCGACUAUUUGAAAAGAAAUACCACGCUAAGUGUUAGAUGACAUUUGAAGUUGAAAGGGCAGGUUGAAAUUGUGUUGAAGACUUCACCUUUCGAUUGCCUUCCUAUACUUAAAAAUAUUUGAAUAAGAUGCCGAGUAAUAGCCUGGACUCGUGUUUCCACUCAAGCUCACACCGAACAUUUCCAAGUAUUGGCAAACAUACUUGAGCUGCAGUUUGAUGGUUAACAUUUCUAACAGAUAAAAUGAAUUCUCUAAAAUUUUCUUCAAAAUGAUGUUAUGUUAAACUCUAGAGACCAUAGUGCACUAGCCUUUAGUUUCAAGGAAAGUCUACUUAAUCAAAAUGCAAGCAGACGAUUAUUUGAUAACUACUUUAUUUAUCAUCUACUGAUGCCCGUGAAGUGAAGGAAGAUGUGUCUUUGUCACAGUCGGAUGAUCAUCAUUACAGGCAGAGAACAAAGCGUCCUGCACGAGCAGCCUGUCUAUUGUUAAAUACAGGUUGAAAAAAUCGUAGACCUGGAAUUAGUCGGAUCCCCGAUUGAGACUAGAUUGUACUACAGCUUCACCAUUAUCUAUCUUGUAACCCUAACGCAGGUGUGGAGAACCUUCAUUUCCUCCAGCGGACAUUUUACUAUUUAUAACAUCAUUCGUGGGGCCUUACACAAUUAUCUAUAAUAAUUAUUAUGAAUAUUUACUACACAUAUACCUUCUUCUGACAUUUAUUUUUCCAAAUAGAAUCACACAGGCGGUAAGACAGAUAUUUCCUUCAGUGACUUGAAAUGUCACAGUAGGGGGCUGCUUGCUUCCCUUUGGUAGUUGUCUCCCCUCACUGGGAUUUUCAAUAUCAAUGUAUUGUAUGUGUGUAUGAAUUCAAAAAAAUAAACGAUCCGUUUUUUAUACUGACAGUGAAA